AUGCUACUCCUGGGGCUCCUGCUGCUGCUGCCCCUGCUGGCCACCGCCCGCCUGCUAUGGGGCUGGUGGAUGCUCAGGACCCUCCACCUCCCACCUCUCGUCCCAGGCUUCCUGCACCUGCUGGAGCCCAACCUCCCCUUCUACCUGCUUGGCUUGACUCAGAAACUCGGGCCUGUCUACAGGCUUCGCCUGGGGCUGCAAGAGGUGGUAGUGCUGAACUCCAAGAGGACCAUUGAGGAGGCCAUGGUCAAGAAGUGGGUGGACUUUGCUGGCAGACCCCAGACACCGUCCUACAAGCUGGCAUCUCAGGACUACCAGGAUGUGUCACUAGGGGACUACUCCCCGCUCUGGAAGACCCACAAGAAGCUCGCCCGCUCAGCCCUGCUGCUGGGCAUCCGAAGCUCCAUGGAGCCCCUUAUGCAGGAGCUGACCCAGGAGUUCUGCGAGCGCAUGAGAGCCCAGGCCAGUGCCCCCGUGACCAUCUACAAGGAAUUCUCCUUGCUCACCUGCACCAUCAUCUGCUACCUCACCUUUGGAAACAAGGAGGACUCCCUAGUGCACGCCUUUCAUGACUGCAUCUAUGACUUGUUAAGCACCUGGGACCACUGGUCCAUCCAAAUUUUGGACAUUGUUCCCUUUCUCAGGUUCUUCCCUAACCCAGGUCUAUGGAGGCUGAAGCGGGCCCUGAAGAGGAGGGACCACAUGGUGAGGGAGCAGCUGAGGCGGCACAAGGAGAGCCUCAUGGUCGGCGAGUGCAGGGACAUGAUGGACUACAUGCUGCAAGGGUUGAGGAAGCACAACGUGGAAGAGGGCAGUGCGGGGCAGCUCCUUGACGGGCACGUGCACAUGGCUACAGUGGACCUGUUCAUUGGUGGCACGGACACCACAGCGACCACCCUCUCCUGGGCAGUGAUGUUCUUGCUUCAUCACCCUGAGAUUCAGCAGCAACUGCAGGAGGAGCUGGAUCGGGAGCUGGGCCCCAGUGCCUCGGACUCCUGGGUCCAGUACAAAGAUCGCGCCCGGCUUCCCUUGCUCAACGCCACCAUCGCCGAGGUGCUGCGCCUGCGGUCCUCCGUGCCCCUGGCCUUGCCCCACCGCACCACUCGGCCCAGCAGCAUCCUAGGCUAUGACAUCCCUGAGGGCAUGGUCGUCAUCCCCAACCUCCUAGGCGCCCAUCUCGACGAGACGGUCUGGGAACGGCCGCACGAGUUCUGGCCCGAGCGCUUUCUGGAGCCAGGCGCGCACCCCAGCGCGCUGCCCUUCGGUUGCGGCGCGCGCGUGUGCCUGGGCGAGCCGCUGGCGCGCCUGGAGAUCUUCGUGGUGCUGAUGCAGCUGCUCCGGACCUUCACGCUGCUGCCGCCCGCCGGCGCCCUGCCCUCGCUGCAGCCCCAGCCCCACAGCAGCAUCUCCCUCCAGGUGCCACCUUUCCAGGUGCGGCUGCAGCCUCGGGGCCCGGGUGUCCCGGGCCUGGGAGACAGCCAAUGA